AUGGCGUUGACUACUGGGGGCUACAACAACAUGUCAUCAACACUUCGUCGGCAAGCUCGCGAGCUUAGUGCAGAAGCUGACUCGCUGCAAAAGCUUGAGAUGCGGAAGUCGGCGGAGAAGCUGCAGCCGCAAGCGUGUGAGGUUUGUGGCAUGGGGUACCUGGACGAGGAGGAGUACAAAGCACAUUUGACUUUUCGCGUGCAUGAAGGCUACCAGCAAGUUCGUGACAAGUAUGAGGAACUCGAGAAGAAGCGUGCACAAAGGGCCCGUAAAUCCAAGGCUCGGGCGAAAAGCCAGCCGCAGCCAAGUACAAGCCAAGAACCUCCAAAACGAGACGCUCGCCUUACCGUAGCAUUAGGGACCAGUUCGCACUUGCAGUUCUUCCAGCAGCAGAAGCUUCCCGUGGAAGCUGCUUCAAUCUUGGAACAUGGCAGCCACCACAGCUUUGCCAGUUCAUCUGCCAUUUCAGUCAGCAAGGCUGCCCAUGCCGCUAAUGGCGAGAAAUCGGCCAGCUUGCCUCGACUUGGCAAAUGUUUGCGCGUUUGUCAUGUUUCAGAAAUUUGA